AUGAAUAUUUCUGAGAGCAGAGCGGGUCUCGGCACAGUGAUGCCUCUAACUAGUUUAGAGAAUGUGCUUUUGUUUCUCUUCAAUGUAAUUCUCGCCACAGUUAUUAUUUUUAUCAACGUCUCCGUGUUUGUUUCCAUCGUGAUGAACAGAUCACUGCGCAGCGAGAACCGCUUCAUGUACAUGCUCAGCACGUGUCUCAGUGACAUCUGCACGGGCGUCUCGUAUUAUUAUGCUGGAGUUAUGGAUGUACGCGAUUUUUAUGAAUCCCCGACUCGCACUUUCUACAUCGUUCCCACUUUUCUGGGUCUGUCCUAUAUGGCGAUUCUGGCCGCGCAAGCGGACCGCUACCACGCGGUCUCCGCGCCUUUCAAAUACUCGCAGCGCAUGACGCGCAACAAAACUCUGCUGGUGAUUCUGGCCUACUGGGUUUAUGCUUUUCUCAUAGUGGCAGUUAAUAAUUUGGUUACUUUGGGGGUUGCUAAAAGAGUUACGAGCUUUGGCACUUUUGUGGCGAACAUUUUCACCAUCAUUAUCAUGAUUGGGUUGAACUUCAGACUCUUCUUCAUCGCCAAAUUUCAGCUAGAACGCGAACCGCCGAGCGAGGAACGCGACAACAAGCGCGCGUCCAUUUAUCUCAUCAUAAUAGUAGCCGUGUGUUUUCUGAUCGCCUGGUUACCGAUUUUUCUUCAUAUUAUUGUGUGUAAUUUCGCUGGGUCUACUUGCUAUACGUUCAGAAAUGAGGGUUCAGACCCCCUGCGCAUUUUACCAAGAGUGAAUGCAGUUCUGACGCCUUUAUUGUAUAUCAGAGGCUGUUCAGCACUAAGGAGCACACUACUCAAUAAAGUCUGGAGACCCACGUGCUGCAGGAGGAAAGGGUAAUCUCUCUUACACUCUCCCUGUCUCUCUUGCACACAUGGAUAAAAUAUUGAUCUUAAUAUGUAAUUAAUAUCUAACUCUGAUGCAUUAUUUG